AUGAGUAAAGUAAUAAAGAAAACAAAAAACAAAAAUAAUGUUAGCACCCCAAAAAAGAAAUUAGCAGACACAAAUGCUCAAAUGGAUGAAAUCAAUUUAAAUUAUAAUCCAUUUACAACAAAGGAAACGAUAAAGCCAUUUGAUUUAGAUAUAGAAGAAGAUGUAAUCGAAAAGAAAGAACAUAGAAAAGAUCCAUUUAAAGAGUUACUUAAGAAACGAAUACAAGAAAUGAAUGGAAAAGUUGAUCAAACUAAAGAAAGCCAAGAUGAAAGGGAAACGUUUGGAGAUGAAAUGGAAAAAUCUGGCAAGGAAUGGUAUGAACAAAAUUUAGUGAAUGAUGUUCCAAGAAAAUUAACAAUUAUGUAA